GAUUUGUUGUUCAGUUUUCCUGCACUGUUAAUCGUUUUGUUUUCACUAUUUGAUAACUUAUAAAGAGAAACGCUAUCUAGUAACCUUUGUUCAAUCAGAUUACAGUAACUGUGUAUAACUGUUGUUUGAAUUGUAGUGGUGAUCCCGAGUCAGAAGAUUUUGCAUCUAUGAACUGGUAUCGACUACAACGUGAACAUGAAGAUGGUGGUUAUGCGUUUAUGGAAGUGGGUUUAGACAUGCACGAUGAUGAAAGCCAAAAUCGAGUGUAUAAAACCGUUGACCAUACUCUGGUCAUUAAAAAAGCAACAGAAGAUGACGCUGGUUCAUAUAUCUGCCAUGAUUUCUCCACGACAGAUCGACUAAUUAAAUCUGUUAUGACACAAGAGGCUAUAGAAACCAUUUUGAGUGAUACAGAUAAAUUCCGCUUCUUCUACCAUUUAGACGUUUUAAGACCAAGCAAAAUUCCGGUUGAUGAAGUUGCAGAAAAUGGAAUAUUAACAAGAAGUCCAAGUCCAUCCGAAGUUUUAGAAGACGAAAAUCUCGAACUGUUUACUGAUUGGCAGAAAUGGGGUCGAUGUAGUAAAUGUGACAAACAAGGAGAACGAAAAAGAUUGGGUGUUUGUGUGGUAAAGAAGGCUGACCCUGAUGUACUCUGUCAUCCCUGGUACAUAGAAGCUAUAUUGUCCUCAAACCCUACUGGUGUUCCGUGUCGUUCUUCCGUCUUCACCAAUCAUAUUGACUUCAAAACUCGACCAGACGAACUAUUAAAAGAAACAUGUGAAGUUAAAUGUACAGCGGCGGACGCGGGUCAAGGUAAAGCGUUGAGAAUCUCUGGAUUAACUGAUGUUUUGUUUGGAAAGAAGAAAAAGGGGAUGUUGAAGAAGACGUUAAAAAUUGAAGCAGGAAAGGAUGUGUUCCUGAUUUGUCCAGGAGCCCAGAUUGAUUCCGUUGUGGUAUGGUUAAACAACACCCGCCCUUUAGUCGGUGUUAUUGUCAGAAAUCUAACCAAUGGCAGGGUAGAUAUAGAUGCUCAUAAUAUACUUAGAAUCUACCGAGUAACCCUAAAAGAUGAUGGUAAAUACCAGUGUAUUAAAGACCAUAAAGAGCAGAUAGAGUUUAGACUAAAAGAGCCUUAA